ACUCGGAAGAAUGACGUCAUUGACAGGCACUGUAAUUCUGAAAGAAGAAGUGUAGGAUUAUUUGUGUCUGAAAUCGUAAAUAUCGACGCUUCUUUGUAUUGGGUUUAUCAUUUUUUUUUCUCUUUAGAGUUUUACGGAGGGAUUUGGAUACCUGCUUUUUGUUCCCAGAUGCAGAUUUAUUUUAAAGGAAGAGGAUCGCCUAAUGUUGGAUGUCCACCAUGGAUAAAAUCUUGGAAGCCCUCAUCAGCUCAUCCCACCCUCUGCAAGUUAAAAAGGCGAUAGUAAAGAAGGUAGUGGAGGCGGCGGAGAAGUCGGUGAGCCAUGAGCAGUGCCAGUCUCUCUACCAGCUCACUUCGCGUCUUGUGUUACUUGGUGAGGACUCUUUCCAGAAGCAGGUGGGCUACCAAGUGAUGGAAGCGUACGCCCGCUACCACAGAGAUGAGUUUGAGCAGUUCCUUAAUAAGGAUUUCAUUGUAAGCUUAUUGCAGCAAGGCUAUGGCCCACUGGAAAGCAAGAGCCCAGUUAUCAUUGACUACAUCCACAGCUGCUUGAAGCUGCUCUUCAGUUGCCCUUCUGUGCUGGAGAUCUUCGGCGUUAUUCAGGUGGAGGUGCUACGGGUCAUCUGUGAACGGCCUAAUCCUCAGUAUUGUGCCAGACUCAGCUCCAUGCUCCUAGACUUUGUGCAGUGCAUUCCGAAGGGCAAGUCUGGGCUGCUUUUUUGCCAGCAGCUGGUCAGAACUAUUAGUUACUUUCACUGCUCAGCAUCACAAGAAAAGACCCUUCGGGAAUACGUAUCUCAGGUUACUAAAGUCAGCACCUUGCUGCAGAACAUCUGGAAAGCUGAGCCUUCCACUCUGCUGCCCUCCUUGCAAGAGGUGUUUGCGAUCAUUUCAUCUACAGAUCCUUCCUUUGAGCCUUCUAUUGCACUGGCAAGUCUCGUUCAGCACAUCCCAUUGCAGAUGAUUACAGUUCUCAUCCGGAGCCUUACUACUGACCAGAAUGUAAAAGAUGCCAGUAUGAUUCGAGCUUUGUGCAGGAUGAUUGACUGGCUGUCAUGGCCUCUUGCUCAUCACGUGGAGACGUGGGUGAUUGCGCUGCUAAAGGGACUGGCAGCGGUACAGAAGUUCACUAUUCUCAUCGAUGUCACUCUGCUGAAAAUUGAACUGGUUUUUAAUCGUCUUUGGUACCCCAUCGUAAGACAAGGUGCUUUAGCUGUUCUAUCACACAUGCUUCUGAGCUUCCAGCAUUCUCCUGAGGCUUUCCACUUGGUGGUCCCACAUAUUGUGGAUUUAGUCCAGUCGCUAAAGAGUGAUGGGCUUCCAAACAGUAAAGCGUUUCUUGUUCAAUUUACUGAGCUCAUACACUGUAUGAUGUACCAGUACUCUGGUUUUCCUGAUCUCUAUGAGAAUAUCCUAGAAGCAAUAAAGGAGCUUCCUAAACCCAGCGAGGAGAAGAUCAAACUUGUUCUGAAUCAAAGUGCCUGGACUUCACAGUCAAAUUCUUUAGCUUCAGGUCUUUUAAGGCUCACAGGAAAAUCGGAAACUGGUAAAACUGGCCUAAUAAACCUUGGAAACACGUGCUACAUGAACAGCAUUAUUCAGACGCUCUUUAUGGCCACUGAUUUCAGGCGAUCAGUUCUUUCCCUGAACCUCAAUGGAUCUAACACGUUAAUGAAGAAACUUCAGCUGCUGUUUGCUUUUUUGGCACACACUCAGAGAGCGGCCUAUGCACCCCACAGUUUUUUUGAAGCUUCAAGACCACCAUGGUUUACCACUGGCUCGCAACAGGACUGCUCAGAGUACCUCCGAUUUCUGCUAGACAGAUUGCAUGAAGAAGAAAAAACAAUUCAAGCAUUAGUUGGGGCUGAAAUAUACGGUGAAUGUAAAGGUGGAAGUUGGGAAGCCGCUGGAAUGAGCACCAUAAAGGAGGCUCCUUGCAAAAAGAAGACUCUAAUAGAGCAAAUGUUUGGGGGGCGACUGUCUACGGCCAUUAGGUGCCAGGAAUGCAACAGUGUCUCCCAGAAAGAGGAGCCUUUCACUGACCUCUCCUUAGCUUUUCGGCCUUCGGGUGAAGAACACCAGCAAGAGGCCUGUGGUGUCCCUCCAGAGGCCGAGAAGGUGCACUCCUUAGCCGAACCCUCCUGUUCGCUUUCACACACACCUUCUGCCCCUAGCCAGACUGGCACUGGAGAGAACACCAUCUCAUAUCGGGCGGCACCUUCUUCUCCGCAGAGGAACUGCGAUUCUGUAGCAAGUGAAAGCUCGAACGGUGGGAAACUGGGCUCAGUCCCUGACCUAAUCAAUUACUUCCUGGAGCCCGAGAUCCUCGACGAGGACAAUAAAUACUACUGUGAAAAGUGUGCAUCGCUACAAAGAGCGGAGAAAACGAUGUGGAUUGUGGACGAACCGGAAUACCUCAUUCUUACCCUUUUACGCUUCUCGUAUGAUGCCAAGUGUCACGUGCGACGCAAGAUCUUAGACAACGUGGCGAUUCCCCUGUUUUUGCAGCUUCCUGUUCAUCCCGUUACAUCCAAGAGCAUGGCCAGCUCAGUGUCUGGCAGCAGCUGCUCUUCACCCCUGCAGGUCGACUCCCCCGAAAGUGUGGAAAAUCUGGCAAAAAAGCUGAAACCUUCCAGCAAAGAGGAAGAGGAAGAGGUGGAGGAAUUGAGGGUGGAAGAGGAAGCACAGAAGAGUGAAGAAAUGGUACUCGCCACCCAGCUGGUGCCAUACGUGCUUAGUUCUGUGGUCAUGCAUUCCGGAAUGUCUUCUGAAAGCGGGCACUACUAUACGUACGGGAGGAAUGUAACGAGCACAGAGCCUUCCAUGUCUAGUUUGGGUUAUCAGCCAGAGCAUACCCAGAGUUCCCCUUCACCUCUGUCACCUACAAGCACUGAGACUCGCUCGGGUGGGGAAAGAUCCACCUGCACAUCUAUAGCAAAGCAGGACCCAGAAGUUGCCCAGCUACCCAAAGACUGGCUACUUUUCAAUGACAGCCGAGUCACAUUUACCUCCUUUCAUUCUGUUCAGAAUGUCACCAGCAGAUUCCCCAAAGACACGGCUUAUGUACUGUUCUACCGGAAGCAGGACGUGAGUGACAGCUUUAACGGCCGGGUCCUAGAUGACGUCAAGCUGAACACGGAGCCUCCUCUGCAGAAAGAACUGAUGGACGCGAUUACAAAAGACAACAAGCUUUACUUACAGGAACAAGAACUAAGUGCCCGCACUCGAGCCCUCCAGGCAGCGUCGGCCCCCUGUUCCUUCAGACCCAAUGGUUUUGAUGACAACGACCCCCCUGGGAGCUGCGGACCGACGGGUGGAGGGGGCGGAGGUGGCAGCGGAGGGUUCAACACAGUUAGCAGGCUGGUCUUUUGAAAUUUGGAGGACAGAUGCACAAGAAGAUGGCAGGAAAUCAUUGGACUGAGUGCUAUUUGCCGGAUUAACUAUUAAAUCUGGAUUCACCAACA